GAAAAACAGAACUGAAAGUAAGAGAGAAUGGCCAACACUUUCAAAUGCCAUGGAAAAAUCAAAGAAAUGACGCUCCUCUCCUCCCAGUCUUCAUCUCCAGUGGCCGCUUCUGGGUCUGUGUCCACUGAAAACCCAGAGCAGAGGAUGCUGGAGAAGAGAGCCAAGGUGGUAGAAGAACUUCAUCAGACGGAACGAGACUACGUUCGGGAUCUGGAAAUGUGUAUUGAGCGGAUCAUGGUACCCCUGCAGCAGGCACAGAUACCAAACAUUGAUUUUGAGGGACUUUUUGGAAACAUGCAGAUGGUGAUAAAGGUCUCAAAACAAUUAUUGGCCGAUCUGGAAAUCAGCGAUGCUGUAGGACCCGUGUUUCUUGAUCACCGGGAUGAGCUUGAGGGAACAUACAAGGUUUACUGCCAGAAUCACGACGAGGCCACCUCACUGCUGGAAAUCUAUGAGAAGGAUGAGAGGAUCCAGAAGCAUCUUCAGGACUCCGUGGCAGAGCUUAAGAGCCUGUACAACGAAUGGGGAUGCACAAAUUAUAUUAACCUGGGCUCCUUCCUCAUCAAACCAGUGCAGAGAGUAAUGCGUUACCCACUGCUGCUAAUGGAGUUGCUGAAUUCCACCCCAGAAUCCCACCCAGAUAAAGUGCCUUUAACCAAUGCAGUCCUUGCAGUCAAGGAAAUCAACGUUAACAUUAAUGAAUACAAACGUCGAAAGGAUCUAGUCCUCAAGUACCGGAAGGGCGAUGAAGACAGCCUCAUGGAGAAGAUCUCUAAACUGAACAUCCACUCCAUCAUCAAGAAAUCCAACCGCGUCAGCAGCCACCUGAAGCACCUCACUGGCUUUGCUCCCCAGAUAAGAGAUGAAGCAUUUGAAGAAACAGAAAAGAACUUCCGAAUGCAGGAAAGACUGAUCAAAUCUUUUAUACGAGACCUGUCUCUCUACCUGCAGCACAUCCGGGAAUCGGCCUGUGUGAAAGUGGUGGCUGCGGCGAGCAUGUGGGAUGUGUGCAUGGAGAAGGGACACAAGGACUUGGAACAGUUCGAGAAGGUGCAUCGCUACAUCAGUGACCAGCUCUUCACAAACUUUAAGGAGAGGACAGAGCGGCUGGUCAUCUCCCCCCUCAAUCAGUUACUGAGCAUGUUUACAGGGCCCCACAAGCUGGUGCAGAAGCGCUUUGACAAGCUGCUGGACUUCUACAACUGCACGGAGCGGGCGGAGAAGCUGAAGGACAAGAAGACCCUGGAGGAGCUGCAGUCGGCCCGGAACAACUACGAGGCCCUGAAUGCGCAGCUGCUGGACGAGCUGCCCAAGUUCCACCAGUUCGCCCAGGGCCUCUUCAGCAACUGCAUCCACGGCUACGCCGAGGCCCACUGCGACUUCGUGCGCCAGGCUCUGGAGCAGUUGAAGCCACUGCUUUCAUUACUUAAAGUUGCCGGCAGAGAGGGAAACCUUAUUGCCGUCUUCCACGAGGAGCACAGCAGGGUUCUGCAGCAGCUCCAGGUUUUCACCUUCUUCCCAGAGACCCUCCCAGCUACCAAGAGGCCGUUUGAGAGGAAGACCGUGGACCGCCAGUCUGCUCGAAAGCCACUCCUGGGCCUGCCAACUUACAUGCUGCAGUCGGAAGAACUCCGGGCCUCUCUUCUGGCGAGGUAUCCCCCAGAAAAGCUCUUCCAAGCAGACCGGAACUUCAAUGCUGCUCAAGACCUGGAUGUCUCCCUUCUGGAAGGUGACCUGGUGGGCGUGAUCAAGAAAAAGGACCCCAUGGGCAGUCCGAACCGCUGGCUGAUUGACAAUGGAGUCACCAAAGGCUUUGUGUACAGCUCCUUCCUGAAGCCCUACAACGCCCGCCGCAGCCACUCCGACGUCUCUGUGGGCAGCCACUCCUCCACCGAGUCCGAGCACAGCAGCUCCUCCCCCAGGUUCCCUCGGCAGAACAGCAACAGCACCUUGACCUUCAACCCCAGCAGCAUGGCUGUGGCCUUCACGUCGGGGCCUUGCCAGAAACAGCCUCAAGAUGCAUCUUCAUUGAAGGAACUUGACCCAGCAACUCUCAGUGCUUCCUUAAACGUGGGCAGUUCAGAGAGCGGUCCUUCCAGCCGCCCUUCAGACCCGCACUCCGCCUCCCAGCCCAGGCCCUGGGACUCCGCCGACGUGGCCCAAGACGCCGACCAGCCUGCGCCCACCCUGAGGAGCUACCGAAACUCCCAGCAUCCAGAGAUGGCUGGCUGCUCCGUCCCAGGGCGAAACGGGCAGGAUAAAGACCUCGUAAAAGGAUGUGCAAGAACAGCCCCGUCUCUGGAAGAUAAAAACGAAGAGCCGGAGAGCAGUGAGGCAUUGGGCAACCAGGUCUAUUUUGCUGUCUAUACCUUCAAGGCACGGAACCCAAAUGAGCUGAGUGUGUCAGCCAAUCAGAGACUCAAGAUCCUGGACUUUAAAGAUGUUACAGGAAAUACAGAAUGGUGGUUAGCCGAAGUUAAUGGGAAGAAGGGCUAUGUUCCAUCCAAUUAUAUUCGCAAAGCUGAGUACACCUGAACCUGUUCUGCUUCCCACUCAGCCUUGCUGCCCUCGCUUCCUUCUGCUGGAGGUUCUGGUGGUCCCCUGAGGGGCACCGCUCGGGAGGCACAGGCCCUGUCCCCAAUGCUCAACCAUGCCACAGGGGGCACAAGAUACCACUUGUUCUCCUUCAUUGGGUUCGCAAUCUUGAUGCUUACUAGAAUUUCUAGAAUUUGCCAUGAACCCUGGAGCUUGAAAAUAAUUCCAUGACCACGAGAAGAGUGGCAAGCCCUGGGUCAGCCUAUGAAAAUGAGAAAUUUCCAAGCAGAAGACUGUAUCUUGUGUAUGCUGGGAGCUAUGCAAUAGCAUUGGAAGAUGUUGGCAUUGGUUGUACCAUGCUCCACGAUCACCUGACAGAAAUUGACUUGGAUGAAAAGAAUUCUCUGGAAGCCCUUUUAGGCUAAGCCUCUGCCUGUGGCAAGGAGUUUGCUGAGAUUGUAUCAAUUCUGGUGUUUCAAAGCUUCUUGUCUAGCACACGUUCACACCUCUGUGCCUACCCCAAUUUCUAAAAGUCCUUAAAACACUAGCAUGUGUAAUCUUUUUCUUAGUUCACUGAUUGGUUAUGCAACAUUCGACUGCUUUCUUUCUCCUUCUGAAGAGGUUUAGCGUCUUUCUUUUCCUUCAACCUUUAUCUGAAGGUUCUCAUUUCUUAUAGGUGCAGUCAUCUACACCGUUCUGAGAGUUAUGUCUACUUUAUAUAAUCACUGUGUGAUCAUCUCCCCAGGCUCUCUCUCUGCAACCCAUAACUGAUAGAUUUUUCCAAGGAGAAUAGGAUCAGAGUUCCAGCCAUUUCGUUAAAAGGAUUCACUCUGCAAUGAGCCAAAACCAGCCCAGCCCGGUGGAAGACGGAAUACCUUUCUCCUUCAUCCAACUCAGUGCUGUCCACAGAUGCAGAAAACUAACACGUGUCUUUUUUUUUUUUUAAUGUUUUUAUUGAUUUCAGAGAGGAAGGAAGAGGGAAAGAGAGAGAGAAACCUCAAUGAUGAGAAAGAAUUAUUGAUUGGCUGCCUCUUGCAUGCCCCCUAUUCAGGAUCCAACUCACAACCUGGGCAUGUACCCCAACGGGAAUAGAACCGUGACCUCCUGAUUCAUGGGUGGAUGCUCAGCCACUGAGCCACACCUGCUGGCCUAACACGUGUCUUAUUUGAAUUAGGAUACUCAGUCCUGAAACUAGCUUAUCUGAGACUUAGAAAUAGCGUUUUCUGUUUUACUCUAACCUCCAUGUUUCAGAGAUCACAGUCUAAGCCAAAAAGAUUCUAAAGUGCCUGGUUGCCCCUUUCUCCGGCCUCAGGAAGGUGUUUGCUAACCCUCACCUGACGACUCUCCCCGGAACGUUCUAUUUGAGCAGGGCUCUUACUUAAGGUCUGCCCCCAUGUGAAGCCUACCUUGGAACAGAAAACUAUGAAUUUGUCUUACAAAGGGAAUUAAGAACAGUCUUACAGCCCCUGCUCCAAGUGCACCUUGGGCCGAACCCUCCUGAUGAAUUGGGAGACACUGGGCUCCUGAGCCCAGGCGCAUGCGGGUCGGUCAGAAGGCAGCAGCGUGAGCCUCUUGUGAAUAGUUUAUAUUUAGAGAUGUUUCUAUUGGAGUAGUUAUUUUAUAAAUAAAAGCGUUUCUAAGGA